ACGGAAGACGAACCGCAGGUUCUGUUACAAGCUCACAACAGAGUUGUCAGGAGCCCGUACUGUUAACCGGGUUCAUCUCAGAGGACAACAUCCUUACUCAAGAUAAACUACACAGUGGAAUCAUGUUCGAGAACUUCAGAGAAAGACUUCACAUGGUGCAACAGGAUUUAACGACAGGCUUGAAAACACUUGGGGACAAAUCAAAGGAAUCCAAAAGCAGCAGCAGCAGCAGCAGCAGGAGGAAGUCCAGGUAUGAAGAAAGUCUUCCUCAUUUCGGUGCUGGACUAGACAUCCUGAGCAGGUACGAGGAGAGUUGGUUUCUGCUUCACAAAAAAACGAAAGACUGUGCUCAGGUUGCAGAGGCCAUUGAUGGGGACGUAGUGAUGCUGUCGGCACACUGGGAGAAGAGACGAUCAGCACUGACGCAGCUACAGGAACAACUCCAAAGUUUGCCUGCCUUCAUCGGCGAACUUGACGCCAUCACUACAUCGAUAGCUCAUCUGGAAGGUGACUUUGAGGAGAUGGAGAGCAGGCUGGUCUUCUUGGAGACACUAUGUUGUCAAUGUGAACAACAGACACUCAAGCAGCAGCAUAUGGAACAAUUGGAAGUCUUUAAGAAAAAAAAGAGGCGAGAACUGGAGGCACUAGAAGUGGAACUGAACGCAGAGCACUCUCAGAAAGUUGUAAAGUUAGAGCAGGCACGGCAGCAGAAAUUGAGGGAACGACAGAAAGUCUUUGAAGAAGCCUUUAACCAAGACUUGGAGAAAUACCGUUCCACUGGAUAUCUUGAGCACAGAGAUCCAACAGAAGCAGAUGUGGUUGUUCUGGAUCAGAUGACCGUAACCAACCUAUCAGACCAGGAAGCAUUGGACAAUUUCCUCAACUCUAGUGAUGAGUUUAGCUCUGGGUCGUCACUCACUUCAGGUCCAGACCCUAAGUCCGACUCCUCGGAAUUCUUGAGCAGCCCAUUGAGCCAAGUCCCUGACCUAGAAAACCACUCGGCAGACAGACACUAUAAAUGUGUUCAAGAUGGCGAUGGCCUCAGUGAGGACAGUGAUGAGCCUGUGGUGCAAUUAGACGAAGAGGACAUUCAGCCCGACAUGACGUUGGUUGGCCUUCAGGAUCUCGAACAAGUCAGGAGCUCCGAUGACAGCGACUCUCCGGAGGAUGUGCCCUGAGGGUAAACCUUGCAACUAUGCCCUGAAAUAUCUCGAGGUUUAAACCCCCAACCUAACCUUAAAUGCCCCAAACUUGGACUUUGGACAACAUGCUCAGCCAACGCAAGUCGGCUUUUGUUUUUUUAACCCGAAAACAAUGCAAUAGACAAAUCAAAAAUGCACCAAAUGAGUGCCGAGCAUGUAAUUUAUCUAUGGAUGUGUUUUUUGUCGUUAUGUUCAAAUACAUUUCUGUUACCAAUGCUUUCUAAAAUAGGAGAAAAGUAAGGACUCGUAAGAAGCAACAGUUAAGCCUCUUGUGGUUUAAAGCAAGCGUAUCACAGUGACCACCACUCUGCAAUUAAAACAUUCUGAAUUAAGGAACCAAAUAUGCUUCCUUAGACGUCCUGCAAUGUUAAUUUUAAAAUUUUAUUUUGUAAGUAAAUAUGUCCUCAAGUCGGAUCAUUUCAAUUUUGUUUCCCUUUGUGCGCACUAUUGUAACUAGUUGACUGAAUCCAUUUGCACACAAUUUUGCUCCAGCUGGUUUGACAAUUCAUAAACAAGACAAUCCUUGUGCUCAUGUUCAUGAUAAAUAAAUGCUGAUUUUAUUUGUGUUUCAAAGAUAGAUGCAAAUAGGAACAUUGUACAUACACGGCAUAAUUAGGAAUCAUAGGCCGUUGAGUUGUGUUAAUGAUUCGCUAAAGCAAAAAUACUU